AUGAAAAGUUUGGCACCCCAAUUCACCGAAUUCUUCCGCUUUGAGCUACUUCGGAUUCUCGGAACGGCACCCUUCCACGGCUGCGACGUAAGCGAGUGGGCAGAGGCGACGGAGUCAAUCAAGCAAGAUGACCCGGAAAGCUGGUAUGGAGCGUGGACGCAGGCAGCAGAGAGAGUCGAAGUAAUGGCGGAGGAAGCCAUGAAGAACGGUGAUCAUCAUGGGGCAAGAUGGGCAUUCCUGCGGGCGUGCAACUACCGACGAGCCAGCGAGUUCAUGUUGCAUGUGCAACCCAGCGAUCCCCGACUCCUCGCAUCCUUGGUCAAGGCUUCCGACAAUUUUCGACAGGCCAGCAAGUUACUGAAUAGCCCUGUUGAAACAUUGGAGAUUCCUUUCGGCAAUGGCUCGACGCUGCCGGGGUAUCUGUUCCUGCCAGCGGGAGGCACAAGGGCGGGUCACCGUCAGGAAAAGAUGCCAAUCCUGGUGGCAACCGGCGGUUUUGAUUCAAUUCAGGAAGAGCUCUUCUUCGGCAUGGCUGACGGUGCUCGUGUACGGGGCUAUGCUUGCGUCACUUUUGAAGGGCCGGGACAAGGAGUUGUGGCACGACGUGGUACUGACCGGCUCCUGCUGCGCCCCGACUGGGAGGUUGUAAUCAAAGCCGUUCUCGAUCACAUCUUCCAAGUAGCCGUUGCCAAGCCGCACCUCAACCUGGAUCUGUCCCGCAUCGCGUUGGUUGGCGCGUCGAUGGGUGGGUAUUUUGCUCUCAGGGGUGCAACCGACCCCCGCGUGUCCGCUGUCGUUUCGGUGGAUGGGUUUUACGACCUCGGGGAGAUGAUGGCGUCCCGUACUCCUCGUUUCCUAUGGCCUGAGAGCCUCGGUGACGGAAUCUUCAACUGGCUUCUCGGGUCAGCACAAAGGUGGCAUUUUCAGACACGUUGGGAGUUCCAACAUGCCAUGCUUGCAACGGGCGCUACUACACCAGCCGAAGUGUACCGGCAGUUGGCUCGCUAUCAUCUGCGCGGGCCUGAAGGGGGUCCGAGUGUCCUCGAUCGGAUCAAGUGCCCGGCCCUGAUUACCGGUUCGAGGGACACGCUGUAUUGGUCGUUGGAGGAGAGCACGUACAGGAUCGUGCGGGAGCUGACGAGCCUCGAGGAGGGGAAGGACAAGAAGGUGUGGAUUCCAACGGGUUGGGGACAGGGCUCGCUGCAGGCCAAAGUCGGAGCCUUUUCCCACUUUCAUCACAACAUGUUUUCGUGGUUGGACGACGUGUUCGGGAUUGGCGCUGAGUAG